UUGCAUGUAGCAACAGCCUGAACCUGAAGUGACAGUGUCCGAUGUCAGUCGCUUGAAAACCUGCUGCCUACAAACCUAACAGUUCUUCAGAUAUGUAGCUGACCAGCUGAAAUACGUAUUUUAACCGCCCUUAUCACAUCCGCGCAUCAGAAGCGAUAAUCGAUUGGUAUUUACAUCAUCGUGCAUUUCCCUAGAGAGUGAUGUCAGGUGCGUCAAGCAAUGCCUGCCCACACUUGGAGUGUGUGGGGGAGAUCACCAAGGAGGAACUCAUACAGAAGUCUCAUGGUCAGUGUCAGGACUGUAAAGUCGGGGGGCCAAAUCUUUGGGCCUGUCUAGAGAAUGGCUGUUCAUAUGUUGGCUGUGGGGAGUCGCAUGCAGAUCACAGCACCGUCCACUCUCAGGAAACGAGGCACAACCUGACAGUCAAUCUGACCACCUUGAGAGUGUGGUGCUACGCUUGCACCAAGGAGGUUUUCCUUGAAAGAAAACUAGGCCCACAUACACAGUUGCUUAACACUGCCAAACCUGCCUCCCCUGUGCAGAUCCCCAACCAGGACCCCAAAGCUCUCGGCAGCCCCACCUCUCUAAGAGUUCCUCUAGCGGGAGCCUGUGAUGACCUGGAUAUGGAGACAGAGGAGGAAGACGAACUGAGAAGCAGAGGUCUGACUGGACUGAAAAACAUUGGUAAUACCUGUUACAUGAAUGCAGCGCUCCAGGCGCUCUCCAACUGUCCUCCCCUGACUCAGUUUUUCCUUGAUUGUGGUGGUCUGGUGAAGACAGACAAGAAGCCAGCACUAUGCAAGAGCUAUCAGAAACUCAUCACAGACCUGUGGCACAAAAACAGGAACUCUUAUGUCGUCCCAAUAAAUGUAUUCCAGGGCAUCAAGGCUGUAAACCCAAUGUUCCGUGGUUAUUCCCAACAGGAUUCUCAGGAGUUUCUACGCUGUCUGAUGGACCAACUCCAUGAGGAGCUCAAGGAGCCCAUUCCUGAACCUGAGGACCCAAACCAGCCUGUGGUCCUUGACGACAGUCCCGACGAGGACAACCACAGCCAAUCAGACGACUUCCAGUCCUGCGAUUCUUGUGGCAGCAGCGAUCGUGCUGAUAGUGAAGGGCCUAGAGUCCAGGAGGACAUCAAUGAAGCUGAGAUGCUGAUCCCUGAGCAGAACCACAACAACAAAGAUUGGCAGAAAGAGAAGAACCUCAUCAAUAAUCUAUAUCGGGCUGGUUCCCAUGGUGACCUGGAUAAAGAUGUGGACACAGCCAGCGAGUCAAGGCCAAUCAUCAGCAGCCAAGGAACCAUUAAAGCUCAGUGUCGAACUGCAGACUCGAACUCUGAAAUCCAGUUCAGCAGUAGCACCAGAUCUCAGAGUCCCAGUGCAAAUGAAGGGAUCACAUCUAGACUGUCCAGCAGUCCACCCAAAUCCUCCAUGUGGCCUAAUCUGAACUCUGCUCACAAGAAAGUGUUGGCAGUGCCCUUGUUUACUCCACCAAAGAGUAAACGGCAGAGGAAAUAUCGCAGCAUAAUCUCUGAAGUGUUUGAUGGCACCAUUGUGAGCUCUGUUCAGUGUCUGACCUGUGACAGGGUUUCGGUGAUUCUGGAGAACUUCCAGGACAUUUCUCUGCCCAUCCCGGGGAAAGAGGAUCUUGCCAAGCUGCACUCUUCCUCUCACCAGACUGCUCUGGUGAAGGCUGGUCCCUGUGGAGAAGCCUAUGCCCCUCAAGGCUGGAUCGCUUUUGUCAUGGAAUAUAUUAAGAGCUGGUUCUGGGGUCCUGUGGUCACGCUGCAGGACUGUCUGGCUGCCUUUUUUGCCAGGGACGAACUAAAAGGGGACAACAUGUACAGCUGUGAAAAAUGCAAGAAGUUACGAAAUGGAGUCAAAUUCUGCAAAGUUCAGAGUUUGCCAGAGAUUUUGUGCAUUCACCUCAAGCGUUUCAGACAUGAACUUAUGUUCUCCACCAAAAUCAGCACGCAUGUGUCCUUCCCUUUGGAAGGCCUCGAAAUGCAGCCCUUCCUAGCCAAGGACAGCUCUGCCCAGACCACCACCUACAACCUGCUGUCAGUCAUCUGUCACCAUGGCACUGCCAGCAGUGGUCACUACAUUGCCUAUUGUAGGAAUGAGCUGAACCACUUAUGGUACCAGUUUGAUGACCAAAGCGUUACUGAAGUAUCUGAGUCCUGUGUUCAAAACGCGGAGGCAUAUGUGCUCUUUUACAAGAAGAGUAAUGACGAGGCUCAGAAGGAGAGGCGGAAGUUCAACGGUCUGCUUAACAUGAUGGAGCCCAGCCUCCUGCAGUUCUACAUCUCCCGCCAGUGGCUGAACAAGUUCAAAACCUUUGCCGAGCCAGGACCCAUUUCCAACAACGACUUCCUGUGUGCCCAUGGAGGUAUUCCACCAAAUAAAUCCACAUCCAUUGAUGAUCUUGUAAUGAUGCUUCCUCAAAACGUUUGGGAUCAUCUGUAUAGCAGAUAUGGAGGUGGUCCUGCUAUCAAUCAUUUGUACGUCUGCCACACCUGCCAGACUGAGAUCGAAAAGCUGGAGAAACGACGCAAGAAUGAGCUGGAUAUGUUUGUGCGGCUGAACAAGGCGUUUCAGGAGGAGGAGUCUCCUGUGGUAAUAUACUGUAUCAGCAUGCAGUGGUUCCGGGAAUGGGAGGACUUUGUCAAAGGCAAGGACAUUGACCCACCAGGGCCAAUUGAUAACUCCAAGAUUGCUGUAAAUAAAAAUGGACACAUCACAUUAAAGUCAGGUGCAGAUUCAGGGCAGAUAUCCGAGGAGACCUGGAACUUUCUCUAUUCCAUCCAUGGAGGAGGGCCUGUGGUGACUGUACGGCCCAGUAUCAGCCAUCAGGAAGCAGAGAGCUCCCAAGCAGAGGAGAAGAUUGAAGUAGAGACAUGCUCUUUGUAGAUGUUCUGAAUUGCUGCCGGACCCUAAGGGGACCAAAAAACACGUUCUUUUGCACUUCUUUUCUUUUUAAAGCAUUCGAGCAAAGGACCUUACAGCUUCACCACAGCACACAGCUGGAUGCAAAGCAGACAGAUGGAUUAAACCUCUUCGUGUACACCUCAUAUUUGUAAAUACUGUGCCUAUCCACAUCCUAUUGGCACUUGUAAUCAAUUAGACCGAAAGCACAUUUUCACAGUUCAAAGAGCAUUUGAUUUCUGUGUUCGACUGCGUUCCAGACAGAUUCUGCUUUCCCCAAACUAAAUAGUCCACGAUUUGUGUAAAAACUAAAACAGCGAAGGAUUCCACUGCAACUUUCUAUAGAUAUUGUGGGGGUACUGCCUCAUUUAAGAAAUUAAUGAAUUUGUUGUCAUAGUGGAUGAAAUCCUCAUGUUUGGGUUAUGAAGGCUCAGGAAAGACAGUUUUGGACGGUACUGUAGAAUCAAAAGCGUGCAUGCUUCAGCUCUGAUGUUGGAUAUGUAUUUAAAUGUACUAGUACUUAAAGAACACACGUUCCUGCACUAAAUGUUAUUUAUUCCACAGGGGUAUGAUUACUCUAACAUUCAUAGACGUUUUCUUUAUUAGAAAAUGAUUCGGCAAGCUAAUUCUAAGCAGAUUGCAAGCUUAUAGGAAUGAUGUGGCACAUUAAGCUGGCAAGAAAAUUGAUUCCUCGUUUUUAUUUGUUUCAUAGCGGUGCCACUCUGUUGCAUGUAGAUGCAAACAAUAAGGUGAACAUUUGAACACAUCAAUGGCUGUCUUGUUGAAAAAUACUAUGUAAUAGAAAAACAUUGGAGCAAUGAAAUCCUGCUGCCUCAUGUGUACUUUCAAGGCAUUAUUUUAUGAAUGGAAGGAUGUGAUGUCAUUUUUCUAAAUUAAUUGUACGCAAAGAUGAAAGCUGUAUUUGUGUGUCUAUUAUUAAACCCAAAACUUAU